AUGAGGUGCCAUCGUCUCAUCACCGGGAACAUCUCCCUCGCCCUCAAUGUGGAGCUAAUUAAAGGGACAUCUCAGAACAUCGGGCUGAUCCUGGUGCAGGCCAGAGACGGAGACACGGGACACAUCUGCGUGGAGUCAGUCAUGCCAAAUUCCCCCGCGGCCGGCACCGACCUGAAGAAGGGCGAUCGUCUGAUUGCCAUCGGAGGGAUGAAGGUGACCUCCUCGGUGCAUGCCUUCAAGCUCAUCAAGCAAGCCGGGGACAGAGUGCUGCUCUACUACCAGAGGCCGGCGGGUCAGAACCAAGGUGGAGGCGGCCUCCAGGAGCACAUGGGAACGUUGGAGGACGCAGCUUUCCCGCAGACCUUUGAGGACGACCCAGCGGGUCUCUUGAUGGAUCCUGAAAACAAAGAAUUGGAUUCUGAGUUUGAGGACUUGGCGAGCGAGGUCCGACCUCCCGGGGAGACCAAAGAUGACACCUUCCUGCCAGUGACUCGGAGCCCAAAGCGGCUGGUGGGAAACCUUUCCACAAAGUCUCUGGGGUCCAUCUCCCCCGUUCUGAGCCGCAAACCCAAUUCGGCGAGUAACCAAACGGCGGCAACAAAGACUCCGGCAAAACCGGGGAAAACGGGCCCGCCGGAGAACCAAGAACCCGCCCAACUCAACAGAACCUCUUCCGCAUCGGGUGUCAAGCCUCCGGUGCCCCCCAGACCACAAGUAAAGCUGACCUUGACCACCUGCGACACUCUGAAUCCUGUGGAGCUCGGCGAGCCCCCCCCUGAUAAAGCGGACAAAGCUCCUCCCACCUCGCUGAAUGGCGACAAGCCAACCGAAAAAUCUGGCAAGCUUCCAGAGGUCGGUGAGGAGCACGCCAUUCAGAAACCCAACUCCUCGAAGCCAGAGCCAGCCAAGGACCGGACCUCGGAAGGUUCCACCGGUACCAGGGAGAGCUUAGAAGACCAGUAUGUGUGGGAAUCUCCGGAGACCUUGUACCGGGGUCGGCAAGGCCGGUGGACAAGGGCCUCUUCCAUUUUUGAUAUCGAGAACCACCACAGAUAUCUGAACGUGGCCCUUUGGUGCCGAGACACUUUUAAGAGCGGCAGCCUGUGUUGCGUCGGGCACGUCAGCAUCAAACUAGAAGACAUUUCUCUCGAAUGCCUUUCCACCUCCUCUCUGGAGUACCACAUGCGGUUCCGGCUCAACGCCCCGGAACCCAAAGCCAACGUCAGCAGAACCGCGUUGAGGAGCUUGACCACGCACAAGGGCUUCAAUGAGAAGCUCUGCUACGGGGACGUCACGUUGAACUUCAAGUACCUGACGGAAGGCGAGUCUGAGAACUCCAGCCUUCUUCUAGAGAAGGACGCCAUUUACACCGAAGACGCGACCACGCUCCCAAAAGACGACUUCCCCCCCACCGCCGCCGCCAUGACUUUUUCUGAAUCCAAACAUAAUUUCCAAGACACUCAGUUCCAGAACUCCACCUUGUGUGAUCACUGUAAGAGGAAGGUGUGGACCAAAGCGGCGUCGCAGUGCAUGACCUGCGGCUACGUCUGCCAUAAGAAAUGCCAGGAGAAGUGCCUGGCCGAGAACCCGUUCUGCGUGUCUCUGGAGAGGAGACCCGACCUGGAGUCCAAGUCUGUAGGAAACCGAACUGCCGGCAUCACCAGACACAUCAUCAACACCACCACCCGCGUCUGGAACCUGAGACCGGCACCCCGGACGCGGCAGCCGGAACCAGGCUCCGACCCGGUAGAGCCUUCCCCGAAGCAGACCCCAAACACUUCGGACAACGAGAGCAGCGACACCGAGACCGGCGGCGCCAACAGCCCCUCCAAGCGCUCCAGCGGCGGCUCCUCCAAAUUAGUCCGCCGAGAGGGGGGAUUGGACGACAGCGUCUUCAUCGCCGUCAAGGAGAUAGGCCGCGAUCUCUACCGAGGUUUGCCGACCGACGAGAGGAUACAGAAGUUGGAGUUCAUGUUGGAUAAGCUUCAGAACGAGAUCGACCUGGAACUGGAACACAACAAUUCUCUGGUGAAGGAAGAGCGAGAGUCCGCGGAGGCCAGGAGGAAAGCCCUCUUGUCGGCGGCGCUGUCCAAGUCCGGGGAGAGGCUGCAGGCCCUCACGCUGCUCAUGAUCCAUUACCGGGCCGGCAUUGAGGACAUCGAGUCUCUGGAGAACUCGUCUUUGGCUCAGCCCAGGAAAACGGCCAAGUAUGAAGAAGAAUCGGCGGCGGUGUCCGAAGCCGCCGGCAACGAGGAGGACGAUGACGAUGAUGCGCCGCUGGAGAUGAAGGCAAAUCCGAGUGACCCCGCCGAGGAUAACCCGCCGGAGGCCCCGGAGGCGGAGUAG